UAACUUUCAGUUGAAAUCCGAUUGUCAUUCGUAACACUCCAGCUAAUCUGUGGAAAACAAUGACAGCAUUUAGUUGUUUUUUGAUUUUUAUCACAAUGACGUCACUGCCUACAAUCCUAUUGGCUGACUUACAACCGCCCCAUUAUGGGCCACUGCGUGCUAUGACAGAGGCUGCUAUUGAGGAUUGCUACGAGGAUGCGGCUCAGAAGGUCAAAGUAGAAAUAACCGAUGAAGGCUUUGAAGAGCUAUUAAAGGGUUCCCGUGAUAAUUUAAUGCACAAUACGAAGUGUUUGCGUUACUGUAUUAUGCGAAAGAACGGAUUGUUUAAUGCAAGCAACUCUCUCGAUAAAGAAAAGCUCGUGGACAUAUUCGAGAUCAUCCAUCCUCAAGUUGAGAAGGAAAAGCUGCUAAAUGUGCUCCAAAAAUGCGCCGAGAAAACUGAAAAAGAAACUGACAAUUGUGAGCGCGCAUCUGUCGCAGCGAUGUGUGUCCUUGACGAACUGAAGGGAGAAGGCGUCACCAAUAUUUAACGCUGUACUCUAUGCACUUAAAUGCACUCACCAAUAAAUUAAAUUAUAUUUACAUAUACACAUAUACACGCAUUUAAGUAUGAGUUACAAUUAUUUUAUUUACUAUUAUGAACUUAAAUAUUUUAAAUAAUUCAUUUGAUUGUCCACUUUAUUGCAAUAUCUAUGUUUUUUGUUUUUAAUAAACGAGUUUUGUGGACUACACAAAAAAAUACUUAAUAAAUUUCAGAUAGUCUUCCAAUUCUUGCUGCUCAACUACGUCCAGCAACUGGGACAUGCAGGCGCUGUACUCCAGUAUGGCCUGCAGGAGUUCCAACGAUUCCAUUGUUGUGCCAAACAUUUGCGUGAAGCUGUCAAUUUGAUUUCCACAUAUUAACUCGAAUUUCGCCUGGUUUAUACAUUUUGUACCAGUUAAUUAGUAAAUAAACCGCAUCUGCUUAUCACCGCCCGCGUCCACACGCUCCAGCUGUUUUCGCUGC